CACCCUGGUGGUGGACCUUUUCGGUGCCAAGGCGCUCAUAGAUCCGCUAACCGCCGGGGAGAAACCCACCGGGAGCCUGGAGCCGCUAAACAUGACAGUAGAGAGGAUAUUCGACGAGCUCGGGCAUUUCAAAAGAUAUCAGGCACGUCUUUAUUUCGCAGCAGUCUUCCAGGCCGUAGCAUGUGGAAUUCACUAUUUGGCCUCAGUUUUCCUGGUGGAAACUCCAAACUUUGUGUGUGGCGCCCCUGGCAACAUCACUGCCGUCCUGUACGAUAACAUUACAGGGUCUAGCCUGGAGGACAUCCUACCUGUCAUCGGGUCUGGGAGUGGCGGACCCUUGGUGGUGAGGACAGCUGAAGGGGAGCAGUGGGAGCUGAGCCGGUGCCGCUGUGCUUUACGCAUAAAACCCAAAGACUUCAUCUACGAGUUUAGCGGCAACAAAACUGUGAGAGAAUGCAGCGGGAGCUUUGUUUACGACCACACCGAGGUGCACCAAAGCAUCGUGACAGACUGGGACUUGGUGUGUGACAGAGAGUGGUUGGCCAAGCUGUGUCAGCCUACCUUCAUGCUGGGGGUUCUGAUUGGAGCUCUGGUGUUUGGAGACAUGGCCGACAGAGUGGGCCGUGUGAGGAUUCUGAUGUUUACCAGCCUCUGUCAGUUUGGACUCGGGGUCUCCGUGGCUUUCUCUUUAAACUACUUUUUCUUUGUGGUUCUCCGCUUCCUGCUCGCUAUGGUUUCCAGCGGCUACCUAGUGGUGGUGUUUGUGUAUGUGACAGAGUUCACUGGCAUCAAGGUACGCACGUGGACCUCCAUGCACGUUCAUGCAGCCUUUGCGGUCGGCAUCAUGGUGGUGGCUCUGACUGGCUAUCUAGUUCGAGUCUGGUGGAUUUACCAAAUCAUCCUCUCCAUUUGCACCUCACCUUUCCUCCUUUUUUGCUGGAAAUUUCCUGAGACGCCAUUUUAUUUAAUGGCAAAAGGCCAUUUCAAGGAGACUCAGACCCUGUUGGAGACAAUCGCUCGCAUCAACGGCGUUGAGUGCAGGCUGAAGGCAGAGGAACUCUUGGAGGCGGAGAAGACAGAAAACAGUAAAGCCCUGCUGCUGCAGGACAAAGAGAGGCCGUCAAAGCCUGAGAAGAAGCUGUCCAUCCUGGAUCUGUUCGGAAGCUGGAGGAUGGCGGGACGGACGUGCACAGUUUGGGCCAUUUGGUUUAUUGGCAGCUUGGGCUACUAUGUCUUCUCCUUAGGCUCAGUCUACCUCGGGGGAAACCAGUACAUUAACCUCUUUCUUGCUGGUGCUGUGGAGAUCCCCUCCUAUCUGAUUGGCUGUUUUGCGAUGGAUCGGAUUGGAAGGAAGAAGACGUGUGCCCCAGCGCUGCUGCUGGCCGGGGUCGCGUGUAUGCUCAUCAUAGCAGUACCGGCUGACAACAACACUCUUGCUGUUGGUCUCAGCAUGAUAGGAAAGUUUGCUGUGGCGAUUGCCUUUGGUCUCAUCUACUUGUACACCUGCGAGCUUUACCCAACUAUCAUCAGGUCUCUGGCUGUGGGCAGUGGCAGUAUGAUGUGUCGUGUCGGCAGUGUGGUGGCUCCUUUCUGCGUGUAUCUAGCAGAUGUCUGGAUCUAUCUACCUCAGCUAAUUGUGGGAAUCCUGGCCUUCAUUAUUGGAGUUCUGACCUUGCUGUUACCCGAAACGCUGGGCAAACCUCUAACCACCACCCUAGAGGAAGCUGAAUCUCUUGGAUGCAAGAAGAAGUCCAAGAAGGGUGCAGAGGGUGGAAUGGAGCUGAACCAAAGCGAAGCAGCUAAGGUCUGAGCAUAUGUCCUGCAGGAAAAACAAAAACUGUUUGGAAAAUAAGAGACAACCAUGAGAGGAGACGUGAGCAUCAAUUUAUUGGAUUGUUGUUUGAUCAACAGUUGAAAAAGGAUUCUGAGAAAUCAUAUAAACCCUUCUUACACACACCAGUCCUGGUGCCUUACAAUUUUAAUAAUACUGUGUGCUACGUGUGUACUAUUUAUAGGUGUUGACAUGAAACAUUCAUUUAGCUCUAUUUUUAAUGUAAAGUGCUUCUUUAAUUUAAGUUAACAUUUCAAAAAGUUUAAUCUCAGGGCAAAUUAACACCACUAUAAAUCUAUCGUGCCUAAAAGGAUUCAAACGUAUCAGUCUCAGAAUUUUGAGAGAUGGAAUGGUUUUACCUUGGACUGUAAGCAUGGACAUGGUUUGAAUAUGUGUGCAAAGUUUGAGUUUCAGUGUAAAAGUACGUCACCAUCAAGAGGACAUCUCCAGACAUUCGGACCAAAUACAGUUAGACGAAUAUUCAGCCAGUUUACAGAAAUAUGUUUAAAUCUUGUGAUGGAGGAAGGUUUCAAGACAAGCAUUCUGGAUGUUUUAGUGAAGUCAAUUUUAUGUCAUUGUGGAGCAACAAACACAUGUUGUUUUGUGAGAUACAAAUUUUUCAUGCUUAUACUGAAAAGAGGCGAAACAUCGUUAAAUAAAUUAUUUAUAAAUGAGAAAACUUUGGACCUCCGUGUUUGUCUUAAUAAAGGGUUGCAUUUUAAAAAUCAGAACUUUUUUUUUUAGCUUUUCUUCAUCCGUUUGACUGGU